AAAACAACAGCGUUACUGCUGUAGCUGAUUCGAGAACUUGUGUUCUAAACUUAUUAGUGGCUUUCAGAAUAUUCUGCCAAGAGACGUCAUUAUUAUUUAACAUUCCAUAACCAUUUACCAUGAACGCUUAAUUAACAAGACUUCCGGUUCUGUGAAGAAAGAAGGAACGUUCGUAACUAUAACGUUACUGCAACAAAAAUGGAAUAAAAACAUAAUAUACUUCACCUGGAGGAAUUUUGGAAAAUCUACAAAGUGUUAACCAAGUAAAUUGCAUGAGAAAAGGUAUUUACCUGAAAAGCAAUGGACCAAAAUGCACAUUUCACACGAGAAACAUACUUUAAAGAGAUUCACAGAUAGAUAAGUUGGUGCUUUGUAUUGUAACCAAAGCAGGCCAUUUAUAUUGGCAAUGGGAGCACAUUAUACCUUAGUGUAAAUACUUCUCCAUACUUGAAGUCGGAGUGGCUCCGAGGGAAUUUAUAAUUAAAGCAUUGAUUUGUAUCACAAGCUCCAAACCUGGGAAUAUAAUCGAAUAAAAACGGAACCAAAGUAAGUGUGAUUGUCUCAUUGAAUAAAAACGGAACCAAUCUAAGUGUGAUUGUCUCCUUAUACAUAAUGCUAGGCUGCACAUUAAAAGAGCUUCAGUUGGCACUAAGAGAGAAAAUAGAGGAGGUCCAACAACGUGAUAAUCUCAUUGACGAACUAGAAGCUGAGCUUGAUGAAAAAGAUGAGAUAAUUGAACGACUUCAAAAUGAGUUGGAUAAAUAUCGCUCCGUGCUGAAGCCUGUCACUGCCCAACAAAACCACAUUCGAUUUAUAGAUCCUAAAGAACGGACUAAGAGAUGCGCCAUAUCGGCGGAACCAAUCAAGGAUAGCACUGCAGAGGAGUUGCUUACACGAGUAAAAAGGGUUCCCAAAACAACACG